UAAAGGCUCUCCCAUGGCACCCCACGCGUCCCCCACAGUGCUCCGCGACAUCUGCUAUGGAGGCCGGUAGGGCAGCUGUUCUCCGCGUGAAGCGGAAGCGCAGCGCAGAGCCUGCCGAAGCUCUUGUCCUCGCUUGUAAACGCUUCCGAAACGACACAGUCGAAUCGGUGGCCCAAAAGACGCCCCCCGAGGGACCGGAGAGAGCAGCAGAGAAUAAUGUCUUCCAGUUGGUGGCCACCGUGCGCUCCCAGGAGGAGCCAGUCCAGCCGCUCGUGCGGGCCGCCUUGUGCCCGUCCCGGGGCAGCCAGCAGCGUAUCCGACGCGAUCUCCGCGCGUCGGCUCGGGAGAUCCGGCAGGAGGGCCGCUACAGGGUUGUCUCUAGCCGCCGAUCCUCGGGGAUUCCUUCGGGUGCCCUAGAGUCCGAGGUCGCGCAGGGAAACCCAGAAGCCGCCGACGACGCAGGCUUCCAGCUGUUCGACCUGGUUCACGAAGAAGGAGACCCAGAGGCCGCUGCCGCUGGCUCCUGCAAAGCAUCUGACCCAGAUGUGAUCCUCUGCAAUUCUGUGGAGUUGAUCCGUGAGCGGUUGACUAUAUCUGAGGAUGGAGCAAGAGUCGAGCACUGGGAGGAACAGAAGGACGACUACGUGUAUGACAUUUACUACUUGGAGAUGGCCACUCCAGGAUGGAUUGAGAACAUCCUCUCUGUGCAACCCUACAGCCAGGAGUGGGAACUGGUGAAUGAUGACCAGCCACCAGAGGACAUUUAUGAAGACGAAGAUGACGAGAACAGUGAGAAUAACUGGCGCAAUGAGUACCCAGAGGAGGAGAGCAGUGAUGGAGAUGAAGAUUCCAGAGGCUCUGAUGAAUACAACAGCCUCAGUGACGAGGAAAGAGGCAGCAGCAGACCACAGGUGUGGAGCAAAUACCCUCUUGAUGUGCAGAAGGAGUUUGGCUAUGACAGCCCCCAUGACCUGGAUUCAGACUGAUGACCCUGUGAUACCCAUGAGAUUCUCUAACAGGCCCUUGAGGGUUCUGACUGCAGUGUCAGCUGUCCUGGUAAUGGGUUUCCUACCUUAACACAUGGAAGGAAAGGCAUGUCCAACAGCACCACCCUGCCAGUGAAAACUUGUUCUGAAGGAGUGUGUCUUUUCCACUAAUAGUAGGGCCCCUUUGCCUCAAUCAAAAGUGACCCUACAGUCUGAGGGGGAAAAAUGCCGUAAAAAUGAAGCUUCCUGGCCCAGGCAUUUUCCUGUUCUCCUACACUGAAGCCAGUAAGUGGAGAGUCUCCUAUUUUGUCACCACUAAGAUUCAGCUUUCCCAUACUAUCAUGCCACCUGCCUCCAGUAAAAGCCUGUUUCUUUUGAUAGAGGGAAUCUAGAAGGGCUACAGUGGGUCCCUUGUAGCAGCACAAACUGGACAGUAAUGGCCAUUAGGGUAGGGAGUGGAAUCUGCCUGAGCUGCGAGGGGUUUGAAUUAACAGUCUCUACUUCCCUGCUUCCUGACUCCGAUGAUGGUUUAUCAGGAUUGCUGUCUUCCUUUGGCAUUGUGCCAAGGAACAGGGUCUAUGUGGCUGUGAUAUUCUGCGGUUAGUAAAAACUAACUUUAAAUAUGGGAGCAAGUAAUUCCUUUAAAAUUUUUAAAAUCUGAAUAUAUUACAUGUUUUCCCACUGUGCUCCCUCUUUCUCUUUCCCACUUCCCACCAAAAAUGGGAAGUUAGCAAGACAGAAGUUUCAGAAUUGACCUUAAACACUAAGGACUUAGGCAAGUGAGGAAUGUUUAUUCACAGCACUCACCAAAAAACUACUAUCAAUAAAAACUAUUACAAACAGAACUGAUUUUGUUACCAGAAUUUGUAUCUUGUAAGCAAACUCGCUGUCCCUACCCCUUUCCAAACCACAGAUGCCUUGUCUGACUGAGUUGGCAAUUUAUGCUUUUUGUGUAACAUUGUGCAGUAGAACUUUCUGCAAAGAUGAAUAUGUUCUAUAUCUGUGCUAUGCAAGAGUAGCCCCUAGCCACAUGUAGCUGAGGACUUGAAAUGUGAUUAGUGCAACUGAGGAAUUGAAUUUUUAAUUUAGUUUUAAUUUAACUAGCUACAUGUGGCUAGUAGCUACUGUAACAGAGCAGGUCUAUGAAAAUAAUACACAGAACCUUCUAUUCAAGAUGUGCUCUCUUGCCCUGUGGCACAGACUCACUGUCAUGUGGGAAGGUGAAUUACACAGGGACAUGUCUUCUUCCCACUUCUUUUAAGAUUUCAUACGUAUCUCUACUUUUCCAUCCUGCCUUCACUCUUUCUUUCACUGUAUGUUCAUUCUGUAAGUCUUUACCUACAUUAAUUCCUGUCUACAUGGAAUAAACCUGCCAGAAUGAU